AUGCCCCUUACUUUUCAAGGUUUCUCUGCAUGGAUUGAAGUUGAUGGCUCGGAGCUUCCUAUCUUUGAUGUAAAAGAAAACGGCAAAGAAGUGACUUGUUGGAUCCCUUCGGAAUCGGACAAGAAUUUUUCUGUCAAAUGGUCUACCGGGCAAAGGGACACUUCAAUGUCUGGGGACAUCAAUAUAGAUGGCCAGCCAUUGAGUGGUAAAGCUAUGAAGGCAGGCUUGCCGCAGACGUUCAUUUCGAAUGGCGUCUUGACCUCCGCUACUACCGAAAGGCCUUUUGUAUUCUCGCGAUUAGAGCUCACAGACGAUGACGAGUACCUGAAUAAAGUCACGGCCGGUCUUGGAGACGUUCAAUUGGUGAUCUCUCAUGCUACAAUUGGUCUUCCGACAGAAUAUUAUAGUAGUCGUGAUCCAGUUGGGGUUGGGAAGGUCCAUGAGAAAUCGAAAAAAGCCACGGGUCACAAAGUGGGGUUGGGAGAAAACAAGCCUAUAGGACGUACGAGCGUAUUAACGGUAGAACGUCACGCCGUCAUUGUAACCUUUGUCUUCAAAUAUCGUCCUAUAGAACGUGAAGAUAUGCUUCGUGCUAAUGGAAUAGCUCCUCCAGAGACACACAAGAAACGCGCCGCCUCCCCUUCCGAGCUUGAGGUUUUCGACUUAACUGAAGACCGGCCUGACUCUGAAGACGAAGAGGAGCGCCGAAUAAAAGCUCUCAGGGCAUGUUUCUUGUCCGCUCUACCUUUUUCGCUGCCUAACAUUAUUUAA